CCAGCAUGCACUGUGGAUAAAGUGUCAGCCCCUCCAGACCAGAGGUCUCUCUUCUUCUCUCAGUCUUUUCCACUGAUAGCAGUGUGUUGGCUGAUACUGUUAGUCAUCAUGGGCCUUCGUAUCCACUCCUUCAGAAGCAGAAGUCCAGUAAAGAGCUUCACAGCAGACCAGACGGCCUCCUAACAGCUCUCAUACAGGACUGCAGCAGGACUUUAAAGGGGUGAUAGAAUGAUUAUAUAGGCCUUCUGAAGCAGAAGUCAAGUAAAGAGCAUCACAGCAGACCAGACGGCCUCCUAACAGCUCUCAUACAGGACUGCAGCAGGACUUUAAACAUUUGUUCAGGAUGAACAGAAAUCCACACGAGGAGAUUGCUGCCAUUGGAACUUGACUCCUGCUACUGCUUCCCUCCUGCCAUACACCGAACCAGAACCAGAACCACCACUGGACCCCUCUGCUAGCCGGCCUACUCUCUCUCUCACUCUCUCUCUCUCUCUCUCUCUCUCUGACAGACCUGCUCCUUCCUGGAAUUCACCUGACCUGUUCUCCACCCUGGAAACCUGGACUUGAAACUUGACCUUCUGAAGCAGAAGUCCAGUAAAGAGCAUCACAGCAGACCAGACGGCCUCCUAACAGCUCUCAUACAGGACUGCAGCAGGACUUUAAACAUUUGUUCAGGAUGAACAGAAGACCACAGGAGGACAUUGAGGAAAUUGAAGAAGAGGAAGAUAACUAUGUUAAUGCUCCAGCCUGGACUGUGGAUAAAGUGGCAGCACCUCCAGACCAGAGGUCUCUCUUCUUCACUCAGUCUUUUCCACUGAUAGCAGUGUGUUGGCUGAUACUGUUAGUCAUCAUGGGCCUUCGUAUCUACUUUACUUCUGUCUUUUCUGAAAAUGAUGCCAAGCUGACGGCAGAAAUCCAGCAGCUGACAACAGUAAACCUGCAGCUGGAGACACAGAGGAACAACUUAACAGAACGAAUACAAGACAUGGAGACAAACUUGAAUGAGCUCAACGUCAGUCGAGCUCAGUGGAGCAUUGAUGCCUACUGCCCCAAAAAAACAAACGGGAGACAGUGUAACCCUUGUCAGAAGUACUGGGAACACACCGGGUCUAACUGCUAUCAGUAUAAUGACGCUGAUCCUCCUCAUCAGAAAACCUGGGAAGAAGCUCGAGAAGACUGCAGAGGAAAGGGUUCAGAUCUGGUUGUUGUACAUAGUCAAGAGGAAAAGAAUGCACUGAAUACAUACAGCGUGGGUAGUUCAGGAACUAAUGGAUACUGGUUUGGCCUGAGAGCUGAAGGUGGGAGAUGGAAGUGGAUUGAUGGAAGUGAUCUGACUGUAAGCUACUGGACACCACAACCACCUCCUCCUACUGAUGGUCAGUGUGUAAUGUCUGUCCAGAACAAUAAAUGGAUAUCAGUGAACUGUGCUGAGAAAAAACAAUGGAUCUGCAUAAGGAAGGCUUUAUCUGUUUAAACACAGCAGUCAGACUGCAUGAUAAUAUCAACUGGCUUGUAAAUAUAAAACUAUGAAGACUUCCACUUCACAAUUUAAAUGUUUUGUAUUCAGAACUAAAAAUGUUCAUUUAUUUUUAUAGAAAAAGAAGAGAAAAUAAAUAUUUACAGUGAAUUAUUUUGUAAAGCAGUAUCUCGUUUAAUAAAAACAGACACUUAGAUUUGAAUGCAUUUAGAUAUCUGAUUAUAUAGGUAUGCUAAUGUAAGUCUGUGGAACAUACAGUGACUAGACUGAAGGGACACUGUUAUCAUUGAUACCUGUUGAAUGGGCUUUUGUUCUGCUUUGUUAGAGAUGUGAUGCUUAUAAUUAGUAUAUCAGCAGAUUGAUGACAGGGACAGACAGACCGCUCAGUUUCCUGUUUCCUAUGUAUCAUGGAACAUAUAUUGUUGCUACUCAUUGGCCAAAAUGGGGGCACUGCAUCACUUGUUCUCAACAGAAUGUCCUCAGAGCUUUUUUCUACAGUAUGUUAGGAAUAUUAAAGUGUAAAAUAUUUUCUAUUUAUCUAUCUAGAAGCAAAUUCAUGUUUUAUUACAUUGAAUAA